GCUCGACCUCAGGCUAGAGCCUUGCUGCUUGCAGAAACUUUCGAAGGGUCGCCUGUCAGUUUUGCCUGAACGGCUAGCACAAAACUACAUAUACUACACUAGAUCCUGAGUUGCAGUUUUCUCUGGCCUGCUCCAUAAUCUCCUCUUUCUCGAAGGCGCUUUUUGUGUGCAUGCUGAAAGAAGGCUAAAAGCUCGUUUAGAAUGGAGAGCACAUUCUGCCCGUGCUCUCAGCCCACUUUCGUACGCCCUAUCUCAAAGUCAUGCAGCUCAACAAAACCCACCGCCCGUCAGGAUCCUCUCCCGUUGUGCCACCUGGCGCCGUCCAAUCUGCGCCCCAGAUCUCAAAGACAGAGCUUAAAAUCGGCAGCAUUUAGAACACCGAGCAUUGAGAAGUUACAGGACCAUUUUGAUUCCAAACGGAUUCCAGAUACUGAUGAAGUUAGCAAGCAAGGGAAACGGCGGCGGGGGCACAAUGUCAUGCGGGCAGCGCUGGCUCAAGAAGAUGGGUCCAAGGUGGUCGAGAAAAUUGAGGUUAUGGAGCCCGGUACUCCAACAGUAGAAACUGGGUAUUGGACGUGGCGGGGUUAUAAGAUCCGCUAUCAGCAGGCUGGCGGUAGCGGCCCGGUUCUUUUGCUAGUGCAUGGGUUUGGUGCUAAUUGCGACCACUGGCGGAAAAACAUGCCGUACCUGGCUCGAACGCACCGCGUGUUUGCGAUCGACUUACUCGGAUACGGCUACUCCGACAAGCCGAACCCGCGAGACUUUCCGGAAGGCACUCUGUACACUUUCGAAACAUGGGCGCAGCAAUUGCUAGACUUUUGUGACCAAUUCGCGGGGGGGCCCGUCUUCAUGAUAUGCAACUCGGUUGGGGGUUUGGCGGGUUUGCAAGCCGCCAUCGACCGGCCCGAAAUGGUCCGCGGUCUAGUUCUGCUCAACAUCAGCCUGCGCAUGCUGCACAUCACCAAACAGGAAUGGUGGAAGAAACCGUUCGUGAAGGCGGUCCAGACCGUGCUGCGCGGUACCAACCUGGGGCAGUCGUUCUUCAAGUCGUUGGCCAGCAAGAAGGCCGUCAAGAGCAUCCUCCAGCAGGCAUACCACGACGACUCCGCCGUGACCGACGAACUAGUCGACUUCAUCUUGACACCGGGUUUACAACCGGGCGCCGCUGACGUGUUCCUAGACUUCAUCUGCUACUCGUUCGGGCCACUCCCCGAGGAGCUCAUCCCGCGUGCCACAUGUCCGAUCCUGAUUGGCUGGGGCGAAAAGGACCCGUGGGAGCCCGUCGAGCUGGGGCGCGCGUACGGCGAGUUUGACAACGUGGAGGAAUUCGUCGUGUUGCCGAAUGUGGGGCACUGCCCGCAGGACGAGGCGCCGGACCUGGUAAACGCUCUUGUAGAAAAGUUCGUCGCAAAGCAUUUUGCAUAGGUCAAUCACAGUGUUGCGAGCAUUCUGCACAGAAUGCUCGCAACAUUCUGUGUAGAAUGUUGCGUAGGUUAAAAAGGUAACACAGAAAGUUGCAGAUGCGCUGCAUCGGGGGACGAGGUAUAAAUGCGAGCGCACAGAUCUUGUUCUUACAUGAUGGCCGUUUACGAAUCAG